GCCGUCAAUCAUACAACAAUUUGCCCCGUCUAAAAUUCAAUAAUCCUCAUUAAAAAUAGUAAUUAUACCGCUGGAUGCCCCCAAAAAGCGUAAACCCCCGAUUCCCAGAGAUCCAGUGAAUUGAAGGAUGAUAAUCUCAUGAGAAUUCCAUUAAUUGUCCCUGGGUCGGUGUUAUAAUCAACGGGGAAAAAGAGGUUGGAGGUGGUGAUUGAGUCUCAAACUCCAAACACGUCAACACGGAAGCUGCUAUCUCCUAUCAUUGAGGAAGUAUUGUUUGAUAAAGGACGUGAAAAUGUUCAAAAAAUUCAAGGAUAAACUUGCCGAGGAGAUGAAACAGUCCCCGGCUAGAUUGCAGGCUAGUAUGCAGCAAUUGGCACAGGCUGUGGUAUCACCAUCAGUUUCCAACACCUCCAUCCAGAGUCUCUCAGUCUCGAACGACAACUUCUCCUUGACAGAGGAGGGAGAUGAGACACCGAAAAACAGCCCAAGCCACCAGGGAUUCCAGAGUGUUGAUCUAACGUCCCCCAAUUCUCUGGGACUCUCAAGACAUUCCUCAGUGUCAUCAGUAACGAGUGGAGACACAUCCUCCCUUUUUCCUAUUUACGAGGGCACCCCCAGUACGUAUCAUCUCCAAUCAGACAUGGAUCAGUCAGCGAGUGAAGCAGACGAUAACAUUCCGCCAAACCUCGAGAGAGUUACCAAGGAGCAAGUUUACAGUGCCUACAGAAAGGUUCAGACUAAGUACCACAAAUACAGAGGAAGGUACACAGACCUUGCAACUCACUACAGGGAAAUGGAAAGGGUGAAAAGCAAAUUGGAGAGUCUCCUGGUGGAGACACAGGACAAAGCUCUAAGGAGGAUUGCAGAUCUGAAGGAGCAGUGCCAGCUGGAGCAACAGGCAAAAGCUCACCUUGAAGAGGCCCUCAGGAAUGAUAUCGAGGAGAAGGAUCACGUCAUUGGAACACUCAACACAAAGGUGAUGCUCUUGCAGGCCACCACUCCAGCCCAAUCGUCAGACCUCUUGGUAGAUCUUUCUCCGCCUCCAGAAGAGCCUCCAACCCCUGAAACCUUGACCCCCAAGGCUAAAUUUGAAAAGCUUGAGGCACUCCUCCGCAAGUGCAAGGAAUCUUUGAAAAAAUCCAAGGAUAAGCUGCUGGAGGUGACGGAGGAGAAAAACAUUUUGGAACGGGAUUUUGAAACCCUGAAGAACUCCAACGAAGAAAAGUUUCGCCUCCUCGAGGACGAUUUAACCAUCUCCAGACAGGAGAUCAACAACCUGAGGGAUCAACUCAAUAAUCUAAAGACGAGAGAGGAAGAGUCGGCUAUUUCUCUCGCCGAAAAUAAACUCUCAAUUCACAGAGAACUGGAAGUGAAAGAAGAGCAGAUCAAACAGUUGAAUGAAGAGUUGGAUAAAGUGAAGUUGAAGAAAAGUGAAGGGGUAAAGGAAGUCCAAAAGGAAAUGCAGGGUAAAUUAAUCGAACUGGAGACGAGAAUGGGAAGUAAAUACCACGAGGAAGUUGAGAAAAAUAAAAAACUCACAGAGAAAAUUGAAGUUUUGCAAAAUGAGAGCGAGAAAAAUGAGAAAUCCCAAGAGGAAUUGGAAAAAUUGAGGGAAGAAAUUGAUUUCUUGCUGAAGGAGAAGGAAAGAAAUGAGAAAUUAGAGGAACAGUUGGAAAAAUUGAGAGAAAAAAUCGACUUUUUCCAGAAAGAAAAGGAAAGAAAUGAAAAAUUGGAAGAGGAAUUUGAAAAGUUGAGGGAGAAAAUAAAGAUUUUGCAGAAGGAGAACGAAAAAAUACCAGAAUCGGAUGAGAAGUCGAAAGAAUUGAAAGAGAAAAUGGAAUGUAUGCGAAAGGAGAACGAAAAAAUUCCUAAAUUAGAAGAACAGCUGUCGAAGGCUCGAGAAACUCUCGAACAAUUGUCCAAAACCGAUGAUAAAUCUUUUAAAGACGAAUUAAUUCAGACUCUGAACUCGAAAAUUCAGAUUUAUGCUACAGCUGUGCAGAAAGCUAAAGAGAAAAUCGAUUCUCAAAAUUUGAAGAUUAGGGAAUUGUCGGAGGAUUCUAAAGCAGAAGAACUAGAAGAAAAGAAUCUGGAGAUUCUGGGAAUUAGGAGUGAGUUGAAAUCCUGUAAAUCGACUAUAGGUGAUCUCAAGGAGCAGGUGAAGAGGACCUCUGAAGAGGCAGCGCAGCUGAAGAGAGAGAAAAAUUGUUUGAUUGCGAAUAUUUUGGAUUAUCAAAAGAGGAUUCGAGAAUUAAGGGACACUUGCGAGAGCAUUAAGAAAGAUAUUAAUGAAUUCAGAAUAAGGGAGGCAAUUCUAGAAGUAGAAAAGAUGUUGAGUGACAAAAUUAAUGGGAUGAAGAGUGUUGAGAGAAAUUCAGAGGCAAAAAAUGAAGAAAUGAAGGAGCAAAUGCGUCAGAAAUGUAUAGAAAUUGAUGCACUGAGGGGUCAAGUUGAAAGUUUUAAGGAAAUUGUAACGCAGAAUGGAGAAUUGAAAGGAGAAUUUCAACGAAAAUCUUUGGAAAUUGAAGACUUGAAAGAACAGAUUAAGAAUUUGGAGGUUCUGUCGAAAACAAAUGGUGAAUUAUCUUUAGAAGUUGAAGAGUUGAAAGAACAACUUUUAAAUUUGGAUAGCACUCGACAGAAACAUGAAGAAUUAAACGAUGAAGUUCAACGAAAAUGUUUAGAAAUUAAGGAAUUGAGGGAAAGAACUGAGAAUUUUGAAGAAAUCUCAAGGACAAAUGAAGAAUUGACUCUAGAAAUUGAAGAAUUGAAGAAAAAAAUUGCGGAUUUCGAUGAAAUUCGACAGAAUGAAAAUGAAAAAAUGGCAGGCGAAAUUCAUCGAAAAUCUUUUGAAAUUGAGGAAUUGAGAGGUAAAACCCAGAAUUUGGAAGAAGUUUCACAGAUAAAUGGAGAAUUAUCUUUAGAAAUUGAGAAAAUGAAACAAAAACUUGAGAAUUUCGAUGGAAUUUUACAGAAAAAUGAAAAAUUAUCAUCAGAAAUUCAGCAACAGCAUUCAAAAAAUGAAGAACUGAUAGAAAAACUCAAGGAUUUUGAUGAGAUUCGACAAAGAAAUGAAGAAUUGUCGUCGGAAAUCCAUCAAAAGUCUUCGGAAAUUUCGCAGUUGAUGUCAAAAACCGAGCAUUUCGAUGAAAUUUCCUUUAAAAGCAGUGAAUUAACAGCUGAAAUACAAAAACUUAAUUCAGAAAUCACCCAAAAGGACCUACAGGUUUCCGAAAUGCUGCAAAAAGUCCAGGGCUUUGACGAGAUCUCACAAAAGAACAACGAACUCAUCACAGAGAUAGAUAAUUUAAAUUCCAAGAUAUCCGAUCUCUCAAAAUUACAUGAAGAAGUAUCCGAAUUCAGGAACAAAUCAGAAACUCUAGAAUUGGAAAAUAAUAGACUGAUGGAUGAAAUCUCUCAAAGAACCAAAAACGAACAGAUCAUAAAUACUCAAAUGAUGAAUAUGAGAUCAGAAAUGUCCAAAAAUGAAGAGACAAUCCACGAAAAAUCGUCAGGACUCGAUGACCUCCAGCAAAAAUAUUCAUCUCAGCACAAGGAAUUAUCGAAUCUUAAAAUUCAAUUUGUCGAUCUCCAGAAGCUGAUGGAAGAUAGCCAAGAGGAAUCCAAUCGCCUCAAAGAAGAAAUCUCCAACAACCAAGAGCGCCUGGUAACUUACCAGGAAGAAAAAGCGCAGCUGGAGGAAAAACUCCAACACCUGGAGGAGAAUCUGAGGAUAAAAUCCCAAGAACUGUCUUCACUGUCAUCAGAAAAUUCCUCCAACAUGCAGCAACGGAAAACGGAAGAAGAAAAUCACGUGAAGACUAUGGAAAAAUUGAAACAAACCGAGGACAGAAUACCAUUAAUCGUUGCUGACCUCGAAUCUACCAAAGAGCAGCUCCGAGAAGCUCAGGAGAGUCUUCAGAAGGUUCGGGAGGACCACUCCACCUUGAAGGACAGCCUCAUAUCGAAGACCGAACUAAUAGAAAAGCUAAAAAUCCUCAAAAAUAAACAAACGAAGGCAAUCCAGGAUCUAGAGUCGAAAAACGAAGCCCUGAAGACCUCUUCCAACAUCUCCAAGACUCAACAGGAAGAUCUCAUCGAACUCCAGCAGAAAUUAUCUCAGUUGUCUUCUGAAAACUCCGAAUUAUCCUCAAAACUCUCGGCUCUAGAAGCCGAAAGGCCUGAAAUUGAAAGCCAACGUCAGGAGGUUCUUCUCCUGAAGGAAAAGCUCUCGAGUGUCCAGGCGGAGUCCGAUGACUAUCAAGGGGAGAUAAAAUCCCUGAAGGAAGCCCAAAACGAAUAUCUGCAGAAAGAAGAGAGUCAUAGAAAUAAGGUGAAAAAUCUUGAGGAUUUGAAAUCUACGCUUGAAUCAGAGAUAUCCAGGAUUAAAGGAGACCUUGAGGACCAGCAGACGACGUUUAGAUCAAAAUUGGAAGAGGAAGAGAGACGCCACCAGGAGGAAGUGAAAAAAGUGGAGGACGAGAGGGAGAGAAUUCGCACGGAGAACCAAUUAGUAAUUGAUGAAUAUGUGAAGAAGCUAACAGAGAAGGACGUGGAGAUCAAGGAGCUGCUGGAGAAAGAGUCGUGGACCAGUCAGCUAUUGGAGGAGUUGAAGAAGAGAUCGGAGAGACUCGAGGGGAUCGAACAGGCUCAAAACCAGGGAAAUUCAACGGGACAAUUGUCAGUGAGAAUGAGGAGCGACGAGGAGAGGCUGGAGGACGAGAGGCUUCAUAAAUUAAUCGAAGAGCUCCAGGGACAGCUCCAGGCCAUGGAGUCCAAGCUGAUCACUUCUCAGGCCAAGGAAUCACAGUUGGAAAUUCUUACUGAUGAGUUGAAGAAAGAAGUUGAGAGGUUGAAGGGGUUGAUAGGGACAGCUGAGGAGGAGAAUGCCGUCAGGAUGGCGCAGCUAGUUAAAGAAUUUCAGGCUCAACUGCAGGACAAAGAUGGGGAGAUCCAGGCAGCCCUGGGCAAGAAUUUUGAGAGGCAACAGGGAUAUGAAUCAGAACUCGUGCAGCAGUACAAAGAGCAGCUCAAGGACUUUCAGGUUGAGCUCACUGCCAAGAGCGAGGAGAUCGAGAGCCUCAGGGGGAGGGAUAAGGAGGUCCAGAGGCUUGUGGAAACCAUCAGCAGUAUUAAAAGGGAGCAUGCCAAUGAAGUGAAAGAAGUGGAGAGGAAAUGGAGGAAUAUGAAGGUCAAGAGCGAACAACUCGAGGGCAUGGAAAAGGAGUGGCAAAGGGACAAAUUUAAUGAGGAUAAUGUAGAGGAAAAGGAAGAGGAAUUAGAAAAUAUGUCGAGAGUGGCAAUGGCUGCUGUACAAUCCAAUACAGGAUCAUUCCAUUCUCUCCAGCAGACUCUAGUUUCCCAGAGGCGAGAACUGGCAGAACUUCGAAAAAUCGUAAAAUUAAGGCACGAUGCAUUGGAGGACUCGACGGAGAUUGAGUACCUCAGGAAUAUCCUGUACGAGUACAUGAUGGGUCGAGAGACUCUGGUUCUUGCACGAGUGAUAGCUGCCGUCGUCAAAUUCGAUCAAGAGCAGACCAAUAAAAUACUUAAAAAGGAAGAGGAUAAAUUAACGCUUUUGGGAUCUUUGGGGUUGUCUUAAGACAAUCAGAUUCUCUCUACAUGAUGAAUCGAUGGGACACCACUGAUACCAAACUGCCAGAGGAAAUCGUGGUCCAGAAAAUAAAAUGUGGUGAAAGGAGAUCAUUUUGAGGAUUCAUCCCUUCUUUACUUCUCUGUCUCUGAAAUGAUUCAGUCUACGGGGCAAUAUCUGCGAAAAGUUGAUGGAUCUUUAGAAAUUUUCUUUUGACACUGAGAAAAAUACGAGCAGGUACUCGAAUUAAUCUAGUUGCAAUCAAACAAAUCGUGAAACAUUAUCAAAAAAUAAUUUGGGCAAUUCAAAUUAAGACGUCGCAAAUACGAAUAAUGACUUCAUCUUCAAUGUAACGGAGUAUUCAAUAUCAAACGUGAAUCAUUCAUUUGAGAUAACAUAUUUCCAUCUUUGUUUAUGAAAUGGUGGGAAAUAACUACUCCUGUCACAUAUCUAUCUGGACUGAACCUAUUUGUUGUAAGAAAUAAUCUUAAUCU